ACGGCGAUAUGUUAUUUCAUAUUGAGAAACUCAUCACUUCUCUCAAGGAAAUUAAGAGAUUCACGAGAGCUCACAACAUCAGGAGGUUUAUAGUGUUCGGAGGAAGGCACGAGGCAAAGUUCUAUUCAACAGGUAAUGGGACUAUUGAAAUCAUAUCAGGAAUGGAUGAGGAAAUCAUUCAACGCGGCCAAGGUACCAAACUCGGUCGAUCGGAUGCACAGGAUUACUUCAUCACAAGUAAAACCAGUUUCCCGUGGGAUGCCGUACCCGAUUUCGUCAUCAGCCUUCCUGCCUUUGACAACUGGUUACUUAUGUUCAGUAACAAAGCAGACAUUUCAACAUUCGACAUUACUACCACUAACCUUGCAGUUCACCAAGCAGGGGUUCCAAAGUUCGAAGACAGUAAUUAUAAGCAGUCUGCCUCGAGUAAUACGAACUUAUGGAAUGAAUCAAUUAUAUCAUAUCUUGGUAACACUUUAAAUUGUUUUACUUGGAGGCUGGGGUUGUGGAACGGUUUGAGGGCGGGAGUCCUGCUUGUCGGUGCUCUAUGUCGAUCGGGCGUCCGCACUAAGCUCGGCAUCAAUAUGGUCACCCCUGGGGAGCCUAGGGUGCCCAGGUUGUCUAAGGAGGGACGUACAGGUCCAGGGCGGAAACGCAGCAGACAAAAGUCCUCAUGUCGAGCAGUAGUGGGUUCGCGCCUGUGA